AUGUUUUCUUGUCAUUUUUUCCUUUCUUCCUUCUAUCUUCAUUUUCGUAUUCUUUUUUGUCUUUUUUAUUUUAUUUUCUCGCCUUUUUCGGUACUUUCUUUUUUAUUCCUAUCUUACAUGGAGUUGUUUUUCGAAAUUUCUUUCUUACUUACUGUUUUCUUUUCUUCCUUUCUUCUUCAGUUUUACCUUUCUUUCUCUUUUCCUUUCCUUCUUGCUUUCUUGCUUGAUCUUUUUAUUUUUUCUUUCGCCUUUCGUCUUAACUUUCGUUGUCUUUUUCUUUUUAGAUAUCUUUCCAUCUUUCUUACUAUUCUUACAUUCAUUUCUUUCUUUCUUUCUUUUUUUCUUUCUUUCUUUCUUUCUUUCUGUUUAACUUCAUCGUUCGUUCUUACCAUUCUUUCUUUUUUGUAUAUUUCUUUCUUGCUUGCUUUCUUUUUUUGCUUUUGCUUCUAUUUUUUAUCUUACCAUUUUGCCUUUGCUUCUUCCUUCUUAUCUUUCUGUGAAUUUUUUUGCUGCCUUCUGCUUUUCUUUCAUCAUUUCUACAUUUCUUUCUUUCUCUUUCUUUCUUUCUUUCUUUCUUUCUUUCUUACCGUUUUCACGUUUUCUUCCACUUUGAUUCUUAUAUUUCUUGCCCUUUUUCUUUUCUUUGUUUCUUUCUUGCUUGAUCUUUUUACUUUUCCUUUCGCCUUCUAUCUUACUUUUCCUUGUCUUUUUUCUUUUCUUUCUUUUUUCUUUUUUCUUUGCCAUUUUUCUUUUACCACCCUUUUUGCCUUUCUUUGA